AUGAACAACCCCUCAGUAAUCCCAAAAGCCGCAGACGUGAACUCCAUAAUGGUUUCAGCACUCAGCCAUGUUAUAAGUGGCCGCGGCGACGACGUCGGGUCAAGCGGUUAUUUGAAUCUCCCGGAGCAAGAAGUAUGCCGCCAGUGUGGAAUGCGAACUCCAGACUGUUUAGGGUGUGAGUUUUUCAACGCUGGCAGCAGAGAAGAGAGCAGAAGGCGAAAGAAGGAGUAUAGAGGGAUUAGUUUACGGCCAUCCGGAAAUUGGGCAGCAGAGAUAAUGGUUCCUGGGAAAGAGCGGAAGUGGCUUGGGACUUUCGGGACUGCGGAAGAGGCCGCUAAAGCUUACGACAGGGCCAGCAUUCGUUAUAGAGGGAAGUCGGCUAAGACCAACUUUCCGGUGGAGGAGUACCCGGAGGAGGUUCAACUAGAAGAAAGUGGUCAAGCUGGAGUGAUGGAGGCUUUUAAAUCUAGGAAACCGUCUAGAAACUCCAAAAAACAGGGGCCUCAAAAUUUUUAA